UGUUAGUAAUUUUAUGUGUGUUUAUGUGUGUGCCAUUAGGAAUUACUUGAAGCAUUUAACCAAGUUGUGCCCAAAGUAGAAACCAAAUAUUGUGUAAGAAAUAUCUGGGCAAACUUCAAGCUUCAGUUCACUAGGACCCUUUUCAAAGAUCUGUUUUGGCAAGCAGCAAGGGGAACAACUUUGGUUGAUCAUGAAAUUUCCAUGGAGAGCAUUAAAUUUCUCAAUGAAGAUGCAUAUGAAUACCUUGUCAACAUCCCCACAAGGCAUUGGUGUAGGCAUGCUUUCUCAACCAAUUGCAAGUCAAACAUGUUAUUGAACAACAUGUGUGAAACAUUCAACUCAGUGAUAAGGAAGGCAAGAGAUAAAUAUAUUCUCACUCAAAUGGAGUGGAUGAGAAGGUAUAUGAUGAGGAGGUGUAAUGAGAAGUGGGAGGGAGUGCAGAAAUUGAAUGGUAAGAAUAUGCCCUACAUCACCAAGACACUUGAAAAGAUUGAACAUGUGGCUAGAGGAUGCAUUGUGCAACUGUCAAGGGAUGACAACUAUGAGGUGGAGUUUGGAGGAGACCAAGCUGUUGUUGAUAUUCAAGAAAGAACAUGUACAUGCUACCAUUGGCAGCUCACUGGAAUUCCCUGCACACAUGCCUAUGCCUGUUUGAUGGAUAAAAGAGUAGAUCCAAAUGACUAUGUUGAUGAGGCAUACAGUAGGGAGACUUAUCUGAUGGUACUCUCAUACUUCCUGUACCAGGUGAUAAGCACUGGGAGAAGAUGGGAUUCAGGAAACCAUUGCCUCCUGUCAUAAGGGUCUUACCAGGAAGACCUAAGUCUAGGAAAAGGAAGAAAGAGCAAGGAGAAGAUCAAGAUAAAGUUGCCCCUCCUAAAAAGACUACAAGAUGUAGCAAGUGCAAGCAAUUGGGACACAAUAAGAAGACUUGCAAGAAUGAAGCUGCUGCUCAGCUGGACAAACAAAUUGACAAAGGUGGCAUACCUCCUUCAGAAACACCUUGGGUUAAAGAGCAAAGGAAGAAGAGGGAAGUCAAGGAAUUGAGUAAGGUGGCUGCAAGUGGAACCCAACAAGCUGCUGCUGCUGCUGCUUCUUCUCAGCAUGGUUCACAGUCUGCUGUUGACCACCCAAUUCAAUCCACUCAGCAAAGUCAAACUAUACGGAUAGAAGUGGGGAUCAUAUGAUGAGAGUGGUAAUUUUCAAAAAAAAAAAAAAUACAAGGUGAUAAUUGCUAAAAUGACCAAAGUAGAAGGUGAUAAUUGUCAAAAUUUCCUUAUAUAUAUAUAAAGUUACAUAAAACUCUAAAUCAUUUUAAGUAUAGUUUUUAAGACAGUAACGUUUAGUUAUGUAAAUGGUCAAACUAUACGGAUGUCAAUAUUAAAUAUGUCAGUUCCUGUUACGGAGAUAAUUUUCCUUUUGGAGACAUUUACAAAUUCUCGUCCUGUAAGAACAACUGAACAAGUUUCAUUUUUAAGACGAGCUUAAUAAAACGUUUUGGUCCUCAAAUAAAUUACUAAACCCAAAAAGGCUUAAAAAUAGUCCAAGUUUAUAGAGAGAUUUAUUUAAUAGAAUUCACUGCUGUACAAAACCAAAAUAAGAUGGAAAUUAAAAAAAAAAAAAAAAAAAAA